AUGGGGCUAGGAAAGCAAAUAAGCACUUCAAUAGCAACUCACCACAGCAGUAGUCCAAUCACUCACCUUCUCUUUUACCUGCAUGUGCACUCGCCCUCUCUGCUCCCCCCCUUGCCGCCAGCCAACGAGCAUCUAUUCACGGCCACCAAGGCCACCCUGACGGUGCAGUCGGGCGGCAGCAUGGAGGCGGUGUUCCAGGUGCAGCCGGUGAACGUGGAGUAUUACAACAUGAAUGAGAGCAGCAACGUGGCGCGCCUCGUGCUGGAGCUGCUCUUUGUGGCGGCGGUGGCAUGGAGCAUCGUGGAGGAGGUGAAGGAGAUGCUGUGGACGUGGAAGGUGCAGCGUCGCUCCUUCUGGCACUACGCCAGCAAGGAGUGGACGUGGGUGGACUGGCUCUCCAUCGCUCUCCAGAUCACCGCCAUCGCCAUCUGGAUAGCAGUGGCGGUGAUGCGAGCAGAGGGGUUCACCAUCCAGCCUCACUACGACAUCUACGACACUCUCGAUGACAACCCGCGCUACUGGUCGCUGCCCAACCCACCCGUGGGCUAUCAGGCGGCCAUGUCAGCGGUGGACACACUUGGCUUCAUCACCAACCUCUGCUCCGUCUACUUCGCCCUUCAGGGCAUCAAUGUUUUCAUCAUGGUGCUGCGCCUCUUGAAGCUCAUGGACUUUCAGCCCAACAUGGGCAUCAUGACACGCUCCCUCCGAGUCGCCAUGCCAUCUCUUCUCCACUUCUUCAUUCUCUUCCUCGUUGUCUUCGUGGCAUACGCCACCUAUGGCUACCUGGUGUUUGGGAUGACCUUAGAACAGUUCAGCACGCUGUGGUUGUCCCUGCAGACCUGCUUCUACAUGAUUGUGGGGCAGUUCUACGUGUCGUGGUUCCAGCAGAUGGUGGGGUGGCAGUACGCGGCGGCCAUGAUCUUCUGGUUCUCCUUCGUCAUCAUCUUCUGCUUCAUCCUCUUCAACUUCCUCAUUGCCAUCAUCGUGGAUGCCUUCAUGGCAGUCAAGGAGUCAUCGGAGAGGGCAUCGGCGAUAUACCAGGACAUGUACUUGAUUGUGCUGCGCUUCUUCCGCCGCGUGGCAUCGCCGUACGCAAGGUACAGCCGCCUGCUGCGCCACCUCAUUCGCCUCGGAGCAGAGAACACCGCCAAUGCGGUCAUGGAG